AUGUCUUAUGAGACGCCCAGGAAGUCGACGCGCGCCGCUGCGACACGCCGAAAGGCACCCGUCAUUGAGGAAUCAGAUGGCGAGGAGAACGGGACACCAACCCCGGAAGUGAAGGAAGAGGAAGAGGAGGAAUUCACACCAGCACCUGCGCCACUCAAGACUGGACGAGGGAGGGGGAGACCAAAAAAGGCUGCGGCCCAGGGCGAAGAUGCAACACCCAAGCCAGCUGCAAGGCGGCGGCCUCGCAUUACCGAGUCUGCGGAGCCUACACAAGCAUCGAGUCGUGCAGUGGAGAGCACCGGGGCCUCUUCGCCUCCCAAGGCAAUGCCCAAGAAGCGUGGGCGGAAGCCUCGUGCUUCAGUUGCCCCGGUGGAGCCAGUCGAGGAAUCGUCCCAGCUACUCACACCUGACCCCUCUGUAUCCCCUGAACCCGAGCAGGCCUCAGAGACUACAAUCGCACCUAGCUCGCCUCAAGCCGACGUUGACGGCGAUACGAUUAUGACCGACGCAGCGCCUGUUCCUGAACCACAACCAGAGAUUGAGCCAGAGACAGAGCUUGAGGCAAAGCCCGAACCCGUUGCUGAAGUUACACAAAUAGAGGCGAAGGAGGAGACCCCCAUACCAGAGCCCGAAGUGGAGACUCAGCAACUAGAAGAACCGCAAGCUCCGGCCAAGGCAUUGGAAGAUGCCAACACGCAGCAAACUAUGCUCGAACCCAUUGAUAUUGUGGUCAAGAGACGAGCGGCUGCCAUACCCUCUUUACAUGAGCCUGCCCCACCAAAGCAGCGCACAGUAAUCACCUGGCUUGUUCUAAACAACUUUAAGAGUUAUGCUGGUCGGCAAGAAGUGGGCCCAUUUCAUGCCUCAUUCUCUUCGGUCGUAGGGCCCAAUGGUUCAGGCAAGUCCAACGUCAUUGACUCGCUACUUUUCGUCUUUGGUUUCCGCGCAAACAAGAUGAGACAGAGCAAGCUCUCGGCCCUGAUUCACAACUCGGCUGCGUUUCCAAACUUGGAAUUUUGUGAGGUCGAAGUCCACUUCCAGGAAGUAAAAGAUCUUCCUGACGGUGGGCAUGAGGUUAUCCCAGACUCACAGCUCGUGAUUUCGCGAAGGGCUUUCAAGAACAACUCGAGCAAAUACUAUAUCAACAGAAAGGAGUCAACUUUUACUAUUGUCACAAAUCUGCUCAAGGACCGAGGGGUUGAUCUGGACCAUAAGCGCUUUCUCAUUCUCCAGGGUGAAGUCGAGUCUAUUGCACAGAUGAAACCAAAAGCCCAGGGCGAGCACGAUGACGGUCUUCUCGAGUAUUUGGAAGAUAUCAUUGGCACGUCCAAGUACAAGACACCGAUUGCAGAGUCGGAAGUAGAAGUCGAAACUCUGAACGAAGUCUGCCGGGAGAAGAGCAAUCGCGUGCAACACGUGGAAAAAGAAAAGGGUGCUUUAGAGGAGAAGAAAGACAAAGCUCUAGCAUAUAUCCGGGACGAGAACGAGCUCGCUGCGAAGCAGUCCACUCUCUACCAGAUUUACGUUUCUGAGUUUGAUGAUCACAUCCAGGUCACCCAGGAAUCCGUCACUCAGCUGCAGGCUCAGCUAGACGAGGAACUCCAAAGACAUCAGGGCAGCGAAGAAGAGAUCAAGGAACUCGAGCGUCGGUACAAGAAGGGCGCAAAGGAAUGCGAGCAGCUCGAAAAGAAGAAUCAGGAAUUUCAGAAGGAAGUAGCUCGCAUCGACAAGGAGUCCGUCAAGUUUGAAGAGAAGAAAAAGUUCCUAGCGGGCAAGCAAAAGAAACUCGAAAAGACCAAGGAAACGAGCUACUACGGCCGCUCGGAGGCAGAGAGCCUCGCAAAGCAGUACUCUGAUGAUCUCGAACGUUAUGCCGAAGAGAUUGCUGAACUCGAGGAAAGCAUGAAGGUCGAAGGAAAGGAGCUUGAGGCUAUUCGAAAGAGCUUGGCAGGCAAGACGCAGGGUCUUUCGGAUGAGAUUGCAGCAAAGCAGAAGUCUUUGGAGCCUUGGAAAGCCAAGAUCAACGAGAAGCAAUCAGCCAUUGCUGUCGCGCAAAGUGAACUCGACAUUAUGCGUGAGCGCGAGAAUGCGGGUGCCAAGGGUAUCGCCGAUGUUGAGGCCAGAAUUGAAGGCUUGGAGGAAGCCAAACAGGCCAAGGCUGCAGAGCUUGACGAAUGCAAGGCUGAAAGGAAACGAGUGGAGAAGGACAUCCAGAAAACGCAGGCCAAGCUCGAAGAGGUUACGCAGAAAGAACCUUUGUUGAGGUCGAAGCUUUCUGGAGCACGAGCAAAGGCUGAUGAGGCUCGUGCCAGUCUUUCCUCUGCUCAGACUCAAGGCAAUGUCUUGACAGGUCUUAUGCGCUUGAAGGAGUCUGGACGUAUUGACGGCUUCCACGGUCGUCUUGGUAAUCUUGGUACUAUCGAUCAGAAGUAUGACGUUGCCAUAUCGACGGCCUGUCCGCAGCUAGACAACAUGGUUGUUGAUACUGUGGAAUCCGGCCAGCAGUGCAUUGAAUACCUACGAAAGAACAACCUUGGUCGCGCCAACUUCAUCCUACUGGACCGUCUUGCCAAGCGCGACAUGUCGCCUGUUCAAACUCCAGAGAACGUACCUCGUCUCUUCGACCUUGUCAAACCCAAGCAUGAAAAACUCAGACCCGCCUUCUUCCAGGUCAUGACAAACACACUUGUAGCUGAGGACCUGGACCAGGCUGAGCGUAUCGCGUAUGGUGCCAAGCGAUGGCGAGUGGUUACCCUAGAUGGCAAGCUCAUCGACACAGCAGGAACCAUGAGUGGUGGUGGAAGUCGCGUGGUAAAGGGCAAAAUGUCAUCCAAGCUUGCGUCAGAUGUCUCAAGGGACCAAGUUGCCAAGCUUGAACAGGAUCGCGAUACACUGGAGCAGACCUUUACAGAGUUCCAGCAAGAGCUGCGCGAGUUAGAGACAAGCCUGCGAGAUCUCAACCAGCAAAUUCCUGAGCUGGACACCAAGGCACAAAAGCUUGCACUCGAGUUGGAGAGUUUCGACCGCAACAUUCUUGACUGCCAGCGCCGCAUCAAGGAGCUGGGCAGCGAGCAAGCGUCUACUAAGACGGAUAAGGGCCGCAUCUCAUCACUAGAGAAGAGCAUUGCUUCGAUGGAGAAGGACGUUUCCAAGCUCGGCGCUGAGACAGAAGACAUUGAGGCAGAGAUCAAGGCUCUACAAGACAAGAUUAUGGAGAUUGGAGGUGUCAAGCUGCGAGGUCAAAAGGCCAAGGUUGAUGGUCUGAAGGGCCAGAUUGAUACGCUUACUGAGCAGGCUUCAAGCGCUGAGGUUUCCAAGUCGAAAGAGGAGAAGCAACGCGCCAAGUAUGAGAAGGCACACAACGACGCCAUCAAGGAACUGGAGAAGCUUGCCACCGAAGCCGAGAAGGUUGAGGGAGAUAUGGCCUCUCAACAACGGGAUGUCUCUGGAAUACGACAACAAGCUGAAGAAGCACAAGAGGAGCUUGAGGCCAGGAAGGAAGAGUUGCAGGUCGUCAAGAAUGAGCUUGAUGAGAAGAUGACCGAACUCAACGAGACACGUGCUGUCGAGAUUGAGAUGCGCAACAAGCUCGAAGAAGGACAAAAGACUCUCCAUGAAUUCCAGAAGAAGCAGGCCUACUUCCAAGACAAGUUGAGCAAGCUUGCGUACAACAGUGUAACAGACCUGGGCGAAGAGCAAGAAGGCGGCAGUGGUGGCGAAGGUCUACCUUCCUACAGCAAAGACGAACUCCAGGAUAUGGACAAGGCUACUCUCAAGGAGCAAAUUGCGCACCUGGAGAAGAAGAACGAGUCUACACAAGUCGAUCUAUCUGUUCUUGCUGAAUACCGCAAGCGUGUGGAAGAACACGCUGCACGCUCAGCAGACCUGGCAACGGCUGUCAGUGCACGUGACGCUGCAAAGCACAAAUGCGAAGAGCUUCGACGCCUACGCAAAGAGGGCUUCAAGGAAGGCUUCGACAUCAUCACGGCACGCCUCAAGGAAAUGUACCAAAUGAUUACCAUGGGUGGCAACGCCGAACUUGAGUACGAAGAUACGCUUGAUGCCUUUUCUGAAGGUAUCCGUUUCUCCGUCAUGCCUCCCAAGAAAUCUUGGAAAAACAUUAGCAACUUGUCUGGUGGAGAGAAGACGCUGUCAUCUCUUGCCUUGGUAUUCGCACUGCACCAUUAUAAGCCGACACCUUUAUACGUUAUGGACGAGAUUGACGCCGCGCUGGAUUUCCGAAAUGUGAGCAUUGUCGCGAGCUACAUCAAAGAGAGGACCAAGAACGCGCAGUUCAUAGUCAUUUCGCUUCGAAACAACAUGUUUGAACUUGCAAGUCGGUUGGUUGGUGUUUACAAGGUCAACCAUAUGACAAAGAGUGUUACGAUUGAGAACAAGGAUUAUAUCAACGCCCAGGCAUGA